AUGGGUGACUCGGAGAAUUCAACGAGUGAGCCUGACCAAAGGCGACCCAAGCUGGAAACAACAGGGCCAACCACGCCUGUCGUUCUUGAGGAGUUUGGAGAUUUGCAACUCAGAGUUGGAUCCGAUCAUACUGACCAGCCCACCAUCUUCCUCGUCUGCUCCAGGACGGUAGCAAGAUCGUCGCCGGUGCUGAAGAGAAUGCUCUAUGGGGGUUUCGCGGAGUCCUUAAGCGCCCAGACAAAGAAGGAGAACUGGGUGGUCGACUUACCCGACGACAGACCUGACUCUUUCAAGAUCUUUCUCCAUGUCAUACAUGGUCACUUCGACCAAGUACCGUCGAGAAUCGCAAUUGACAACUUGUACCUACUCCUGGUACUGCUUGACAAGUAUGACAGCAUCGGCCUUAUUCGCCCAUGGGCAAAGCCCUGGCUCAAAGGUAUCAAGACAUCGGAAAGCUUGCCAUUGGCAUUGUACAUCGCAUGGAACCUUGGCCACAAGGAGACUUUCCAAUCAAAGAUGACGAAAAUCAUCCACGCAUCCUUCAUCGACGAGCAAGCUGAUCUGGACAAUUGGGGCUCCUCAGACGCUCUAGACACCAUCCGUGAAAUACGCCACAAGUUGGUGAGCAUUCAGUUUGAGCCGUACAUUCAACUCUACGAAUCCCUCAUCUCCGAGCAGGGACUAUGCCGCUACCGAGCUAGGGUGAAGCCCUAUCUCCUGGAAGCCGGAAUGAGAUGUGACUCAGUAGCUCUGGGAUCUAUGAUCAGGGAGUGUUUGCUCCAGGGCAUUGAUAUCAUGGCUCAAGACCCAGUGAAAGCUUACCGCGGGACUGUGCGUCAACUGGAAGACAAGCUCGCUGCAUUGAAGAUCUUCGUCGGAGAGAGCAACGACAAAACUGAGCAUAGCAUCUGCAGGAGAAAUCUUACGAAAUAUCGGGACAACAUUUCCGCAGACAACAAACGGAGGACAACAGAGGCGCUCGUGCUGACACCUCAAUACCAAGCCCGGAUGGAGGCGUAG